CUAACCAUGGCCCAGGUAGAAAAACGGGGAGGUUUGCUCCGGAAAUCUUCAGCCUCCAAAAAACCACUAAAGGAAAAAGUAGUGCUGAUGUAUGAUGAAAUCUUUAUGACAGAAGACCCCAGUAAGUGCAGUCCUCGGUUUUGGGAAGAGCUCUUCCUCAUGAAGGUGAAUUUAGAGUACCUAGAAGGCAAGCUGGAAUCUCUUGAUGGUGAGGAGUUAAUGAAGAUCAAGGACAAUAUUAAUUGCUUAUUUCAACACUGCAUUCAGGCUCUGAGAGAGGAGCAUCCAAUUCGAGUUGUGAAUGCAUUGCAGACCUUGUGUGCACUUAUUCGAGGAGUCCAUCAAAAGAAUAAGUCUACUUCUGGGUUUGACAUCAUCAACAUGCUGAUGGGCUUUGACAAGGCAGAGCUGUGCAUGAAGAACUUGAUGGAGAGUUUGGAUUCAUUGCUUUGUGCAGAAGGUUCUGAAAGUCUGAAGAGUUUAUGUCUGAAACUUCUUCUUUGCUUAGUGACUGUGACAGACAAUAUCAGCCAGAACACUAUCCUGGAGUAUGUAAUGAUCAACAGCAUAUUUGAAGCAAUUUUACAGAUACUCUCCCACCCCCUAAGUCGUAGAGAGCAUGGGUAUGAUACUGUUGUCCUGUUGGCUUUAUUGGUAAACUACAGAAAAUAUGAGUCUGUGAACCCGUAUAUUGUGAAGCUCUCCAUUGUGGAUGAUGAGGCCACCCUCAACGGAAUGGGGCUUGUGAUCGCUCAGGCUUUAUCUGAAUACAACAGGCAGUAUAAAGACAAGGAAGAAGAACACCAGAGUGGUUUUUUCUCAGCUUUAACAAAUAUGGUGGGCAGCAUGUUCAUAGCAGAUGCCCAUGAGAAAAUCUCAGUACAAACCAACGAGGCCAUUCUUCUGGCACUUUAUGAAGCUGUUCAUUUGAAUCGCAACUUCAUCACAGUGUUAGCUCAGAGUCAUCCAGAAAUGGGCUUGGUGACCACCCCAGUCAGUCCCAUUCCAACAGCUCCGGUCACACCACUCGGGACCACACCACCGUCCUCUGAUGUUAUAAGUUCUGUGGAACUCCCACUGGAUGCAGAUGUACAGACCAGUAAUCUACUGAUAACCUUCUUAAAGUAUAGCUCAAUUGUCAUGCAAGAUACCAAAGAUGAACACAGGCUUCAUAGUGGCAAGCUCUGUCUGAUUAUCCUUACAUGUAUUGCAGAGGAUCAGUAUGCCAAUGCAUUUUUGCAUGAUGACAACAUGAAUUUUCGAGUAAACUUACAUAGAAUGCCCAUGAGACACAGGAAGAAGGCAGCAGACAAGAAUCUUCCCUGCCGUCCUUUAGUAUGUGCAGUAUUGGAUCUGAUGGUAGAAUUUAUUGUAACACAUAUGAUGAAGGAGUUUCCUAUGGAUCUCUACAUACGCUGCAUUCAGGUGGUACAUAAACUGCUUUGCUACCAGAAGAAGUGUCGAGUCCGGCUGCAGUACACAUGGCGGGAGCUCUGGUCAGCCCUGAUAAAUUUGCUGAAGUUCCUUAUGUCAAAUGAAACUGUACUUUUGGCCAAGCACAACAUUUUUACAUUAACCCUUAUGAUUGUGAAUCUGUUUAACAUGUUUAUCACAUAUGGUGACACAUUCCUACCGACCCCCAGCAGCUAUGAUGAACUUUAUUAUGAGAUUAUUCGCAUGCACCAGAGCUUUGACAACCUCUAUUCCAUGGUCCUGAGGCUUUCUACCAAUGCGGGCCAGUGGAAGGAAGCAGCUAGCAAGGUGACCCAUGCAUUGGUUAAUAUCAGAGCCAUCAUCAACCACUUUAAUCCCAAAAUUGAAUCCUACGCUGCUGUGAAUCACAUAUCCCAACUGUCAGAGGAGCAGGUGCUAGAGGUGGUGCGAGCCAACUAUGACACGCUCACGCUGAAGCUGCAGGACGGCCUGGACCAGUACGAGCGCUACUCAGAGCAGCACAAGGAAGCUGCCUUCUUCAAGGAGCUGGUCCGAUCCAUUAGCACCAACGUCCGGAGGAACCUGGCCUUCCACACACUCAGCCAGGAGGUCCUGCUGAAGGAGUUCUCCACUAUCUCCUGAGACCCCGCCUCCUGACAGCCACCAGCUGCCCUUAUUCAUGAGACUCCUGGGCUAGAGAGGGAGAAGGGGCUGCCUCUGAGGUUGGAGAGAAACACAGACAACAAGGUCUUUGAUGAAGGCUGCACUUCAGUGGAGCUUGGACAGCAGCAGGAAGCCAGGGGCUCUUAUUUGGGGAGGAAUGGGAGGGCAAAGGGAGACACAUGUAAGGAUGUGGGGGCUCCAGAGUGGGCCCCCCGGACACGCUCUCACAUUUCCAGUUGAGACUGCAGGAGUUGGUGGACUAAGCCCUAGGUGGUGCCAACAUCCCAAAGUCCAGUGGCUUUUUGCAGGGUUCUGAACAAAUCAACUUUCAGAUACCUGGAACUCCCUCCUGCUUUCUUUGGGCCUGGAGCUAAGUGGGGCUUGAAGUAUGUGCCCCUUGCCCUACAGGUGAUUGGUGCAGUCAUCUUAGCUCUAGCUCAGGGUUGACUUCUCUGAGAAACCAGAGAUUGGAAUCUGCCCAGAGCUCUGCUGUCCAGCCACCACUUGGUAGAUUUUAGUUUUGGCACCAGGAGUUCCUGUUAGCUUUCUCCUGCCUUCCAACCCAUGGACUCAUCAGCACAAUAGGCUCUUAGCCCUCACUUUUUUAUUUGUUUGUUUGUUUGUUUUUGGUGCCGGGGAUCGAACUCAGGACCUUGAAGGCAGUGGAACCACUGAGCUAAAUCCCCAGGUUUCACUUUUUAUUUUUAGUCUGCUUUAAACUGUCUAUGAGUGUGUGUGAAAUAAACACUGACAGGUUUUCGGACCCCUCAAGGUGCCUACUUUGCUAGUUCCCUUCCCAGCAGCUUCCCCUACCCCAGCCAGCCCUCCACAGGGAGCCUCUCCUGCCUCUGAGCUCCCCUCCAAGUGUUCCACUCCCUCACCCUGCUGCUGUUUACAUCCAGCCUGCCUGAGAAUUUCCUCUGGGGAGGAGUCUGAUCCUGCUGCAGUCUGGUGCUUGGGAAGGAAAGAACCCGCUGGGUGCAGGGUACCAUCCAUCUAAGAGAGGCUGGGUGAGCACUGUACCUGCCAAACUCGGGUGGGCCACGGGCAGAUCUCCUGGCCUUGGGAAAGCUGGCCUGUGCUCUUCCUUCGGGUAGCCUCAAUGGGACCACUGUAGGCUCUCCCUGCUACCCCACUGCUGCCUCCAAAAUAGCUGCAGCUCUGAGAUCAUCCCUUUCUAAAGUACUUUUAAAGCCCUCAGGAUGGUAGGCAGGAA